UCCCGCCCCGCCUCGCCUCUCCGCAGAUGAACUUGCGCGUCCUGGAAAACACGUUGACAGAAUGAAUGGCUACGGGUCCCCCUACCUGUACAUGGGGGCUCCGGUGUCUCAGCCCCGGGCCCCGCUGCAGAGGACCCCCAAGUGCGCGCGGUGCCGGAACCACGGCGUGCUUUCGUGGCUCAAAGGUCACAAGCGCUACUGCCGCUUCAAGGACUGCACCUGCGAGAAGUGCAUCCUCAUCAUCGAGCGGCAGCGCGUCAUGGCGGCGCAGGUGGCGCUCCGCAGGCAGCAGGCCAACGAGAGUCUGGAGAGCCUCAUCCCGGAGUCGCUGAGAGUGCUGCCCGGCAUCGGCAUACCCGGGGCCGGCGAGGGGAACCAGGGAGCCCCGCCGAGGACGGAGGAGCUGGAGCUGAGGUGGAGCAGCACGGAGCCGGUGCAGGCCGGAGCACAGACAUGCACAGAGCCGACAGAGGACGGUGCUGAUGAGGGGUCCGGGGGAGAGAACGGGGGCAGCUCCAGUGAGAAGGAGCAGGACCCGGUGAGCUCCCCUGAAGGCUCCAAACCAAACUCCUGCUACACCCCGGAGCCUCCAGAGACGCCCUCCCACCCGGAGGAGAGCCGCUACAGCCUCCCCAAAGCCGGCAGCACUGAGAAGGAGGCCAAAGCGGAGAGUCCUCAGAAGUAUCCCGUCAGCCCCGGGGAGCAGAGCGUGCUCAUUGAAGGCCUCGCCGGCUCCAUCAACCUGCCCUUCAGCCUCCGGGCCAACCGGCCGCCGCUGGAGGUCCUCAAGAAGAUCUUCCCCACUCACAAGCCUCCUGUGCUGGAGCUCAUCCUCAGGGGCUGCGGGGGGGAUCUGGUGGGGGCCAUCGAGGUGCUGCUGUCCAGCCGGAGUCCUGACGGGAGCGCGCACCCGCACGCAGACGCGCACCCAGACGCCCUUUUGCUUCCUUCAAACGGACACCUGUUCGAGCACACGCUGGGCUCCUACCACCCGGUGACCUCCUCCGCCAAGUGGUCGGUGGGCUCCGCUUUCCGCGUCCCCGAGUCCCUCCGGUUCACAUCCGACUCCUCAUCGGGCGUGGUGUCCACCGGCCCGCUGGGUGUCCCCCUGCAGCACCCGUCCUUCCCGCAGCCCACGCGCUACCCGCUCAUGCUGCGCAACUCUCUGACGCGCAGCCAGGCCAGCCCCUUCGUGCACAACGACGUGACUCUGUGGAAUACCAUGGCCCUGCAGCAGCAGUACCAGCUCCGCUCGGCGGCCCAGUACGUGUCGCCGUUCUCCCCCGCGGCCCCGACAGGCCCCGGUGGCUCCGUGUUCCGCAGCUCCCCCAUCCUCCCCUCCAGACCGUCCGAGGAGCAGCGCAUCAGCAUCCAGGAGGAGAGCUGCACGCUGGGGCCCAAACCCGGCCUGUACUCGCCUGAUGAGGAGUACGAAGAGCGCUCCGACUCCGCAGACUCCCGCAUCCUGAACUCAUCCACCUGAAGAAGCUGCUGAUGGACUUAAUACAGCAGGGGACACCAAAAAUGUAUUACUGUGGACGGACAUCCGGUGUGUGUGUGUGUGUGUGUGUGUGUGUGUGUGUGUGCGUGUGCGUGUGUGUAAAGGGGUCUUUUUCCUGUCUUGUUUGAAUUGAACUGUGUCAAGCAAUCACCCUUUGACAAGGUGACGUUAAUCCUCUUAACGUCACCAGCUCGUGCUUUCAAGAUGUCACGUGGACACGACCAAAAACGGAUGAAUGUAACGUUGUUUUCAAAGUCUGUCAUCUAUUUCCUGCAAGCAUGUUUAGUACUGUGAAAAGUUUCGAUGUUAAGGAUCAUCAAUGCAUGU